UCUUCCCCAUUUCCAAUCGCCACCCAUGAAUGUCAGGUAAGGACCAUCGUUCCUCCAAUUUCUGAGGAACAGUCAUCGUUCAUCCAUGGCCAAUCUCCCUCGCUUCUCCUCCUCCUUCCUCAUCCUCCUGCUCUUCAUCGCUCCAUCUCUCUCCACCCCACAAGAGCGAUCACCCCGCAACCCCCAGCAGACCUUCAUCGUCCACGCCUCAUCCUCCCACAAGCCCUCCCUCUUCGCCACCCACCGCCACUGGUACUCCUCCCUCCUCCGUUCCCUCCCCCCCUCGAACCCUCCUUCCCGGAUCCUCUACACUUACCGGGCCGCUGCCGGCGGCUUCUCCGCCCGCCUCACCGCCCCCCAGGCCGAGGCCCUCCGCCGCGCCCCCGGGGUCCUCUCGGUCGUCCCGGACCGCAUCCGCCACCUUCACACCACCCGGACCCCUCACUUCCUCGGCCUCACCGAGAGCGCUGGCCUCUGGCCGAAUUCCGAUUAUGCGGACGACAUCAUAAUCGGGGUUCUUGAUACCGGGAUCUGGCCCGAGCGGCGGAGCUUCUCCGAUUCGGAGCUCGGCCCGGUCCCCGGCUCGUGGAGAGGCGCGUGUGAGGUCGGGCGGGACUUCCCUGCCUCAGCCUGCAAUCGGAAGAUCAUCGGCGCGAGGGCCUUUUACAAAGGGUAUGAGGCCUAUUUGCAGAGGCCGAUUGAUGAGUCGAGAGAGUCGAAAUCGCCAAGGGACACGGAGGGUCACGGCACGCACACUGCGUCGACGGCCGCCGGAUCGGUCGUUUCGAACGCGAGCUUUUACGAGUAUGCGGCGGGCGAAGCUAGAGGUAUGGCCACUAAAGCAAGAAUUGCGGCUUAUAAGAUAUGUUGGAGCUUGGGUUGUUUCGAUUCGGAUAUUCUAGCAGCCAUGGAUCAGGCUGUUUCGGAUGGUGUGCACAUAAUUUCUUUAUCCGUGGGCGCUACCGGGUACGCGCCGCAGUACGAUCACGACUCAAUUGCGAUCGGUGCAUUUGGGGCUGUGAAACAUGGGAUUCUUGUGUCUUGCUCUGCUGGGAAUUCCGGUCCCGGCCCCUCCACAGCUGUGAACGUUGCUCCUUGGAUUUUGACAGUGGGUGCCUCCACAAUUGACAGGGAGUUUCCCGCUGAUGUGGUUCUUGGUGAUGGGAGGAUCUUCAAGGGCGUGUCGCUUUACUCUGGUGAGCUGCUCGGUGACACUAAACUUCCUUUGGUCUAUGCCGAUGACUGCGGAAGUCGGUAUUGCUAUGAUGGCGGGCUCGAUUCCACCAAAGUUGCAGGAAAGAUUGUCAUUUGUGAUAGAGGAGGAAAUGCGAGAGUCGCCAAGGGAAGUGCAGUGAAGCUCGCGGGCGGCGUGGGAAUGAUCCUUGCCAAUACUGAAGAGAGUGGCGAAGAAUUGAUUGCCGAUUCGCACCUCGUACUUGCCACUAUGGUGGGCGAGACUGCCGGAGAUAAGAUCCGAGAAUAUGCCAGGUUAGACCCAUUCCCAACAGCAGCUAUCGAAUUCCAUGGCACCGUGAUCGGUCCCUCGCCGCCUGCUCCAAAAGUCGCUUCUUUCUCUAGCCGUGGCCCGAACCACCUCACUGCCGAGAUCCUUAAACCGGAUGUUAUAGCUCCAGGCGUUAAUAUUUUGGCGGCUUGGACAGGAUUCAAUGGCCCCACGGAUCUUGACAUCGACCAGAGAAGGGUCGAGUUCAACAUUAUCUCAGGCACCUCGAUGUCAUGCCCCCAUGCCAGUGGAUUAACUGCUCUGCUUCGGAAGGCUUAUGCCGAUUGGUCUCCGGCCGCGAUAAAAUCUGCACUGAUGACAACUGCUUAUAACUUGGAUAAUGCAGGGAGGAACAUCAAGGAUCUUGCUAGCGGCGACGAAUCCAGCCCUUUUGUUCACGGAGCAGGACAUGUGGAUCCGAACAGGGCACUUAAUCCUGGAUUGGUUUACGACAUCGACGUUGAUGACUACGUGGGGUUUCUCUGUGCUAUCGGUUACGAACCACGAAGAAUCGCAGUUUUCCUUAGAGAGCCUACGAGUUCUAACGUGUGUGUGCAUAGAAUGGCUUCUCCUGGAGAAUUGAAUUAUCCAUCCUUCUCGGUCGUCCUGAAAUCCGGCGGCGAUGUUGUGAAGCAUAGGAGGGUGGUAAAAAAUGUCGGGAGUUCUGCUGAUGCAGUUUAUGAGGUGAAAGUGAAUGCUCCCGAAAAUGUCGAAGUUGGCAUUUCACCGAGCAAGCUCGCAUUUUCUUCAGAAAACCAGAUACUUUCCUACGAGAUUACAUUCUCCAGCAUCGCAUCGGGGCUGUCUACUCCAAGAUUUGGAUCGAUCGAGUGGACGGAUGGGACUCACCGGGUGAGGAGUCCGAUCGCUGUCAAGUGGCGUCAGGAGCUUGUGGAAUCUAUAUAAUUCGCAAUGACACUACUGUCACUGUACUACAAACUCAAAAAUUGGAUUGAGGGCGCCGUCAGCGAAGCUGUUUCAGAAAUUCCUCGGCGAUUCUCAAAGGGUAAUGUUAUGUUUAACGACUGAAAUCCUGAUAGCCUCUUCUAAAGACUCGGAAGUCUCUAGGCUUGGAUUCGUAGUCCCCUUCAUUUGUUUCUGCUUUGUUUGUUUACAUUAGACUGGUUUGAAAUGACAUGCCCGCAGCAGAAAACGUCACUUUGUGUGCUGAAAUCAACGCUCUGUGAUGUUCGUCCUUCU